UCGAGUUUGUUCGAAAAGGGGGCUGUUUUGGGGGAUGCUCUCCCCCGGCCGCAGUGACGUCGGGGGCUAUUUUUUUGUGCCAUGUGGGAGGUUGAAGAUAUGUAUCAUGGUAAACGAAAAAAAAAGGUUCCUUGCCCCUUGGCUUGCUGGAUUCCCUGUUGGCACUGACUGGAGCCCCCUCGCAGGAUGCUGCUGGAUACUGCUAAUAGAACUUACCACUUACACCACAAUAAUACGGAGUAUGCUAGCAGUAGUAUCUUUCUGCCUAGCAUACAUGUACCUAUAAUAUUAUAUCAGUGGGGUUCUCACCGGGUUACCUCUCCCGGACUGGGCUGGUAUCAGCCAAGAACAACCAGCUCGUAAGGACAGACAAUCUCAUGCUUGAACCAUGAAUAAAGACCCAGAAAAAAAACAAUCAAGCAUUAAACGGUACUGUGGGCCGAAAAAGCUUCUUUCUUUCUUAUGCCGCUGACAAGGAGACGGGAGGAGAAAAAAAACAGCGGCGGGGAAAA